CAGUAAGUAGGGACGGGUGAUUAUAUUUACCAGAAAGAACUAGAGCUAUGAGACAAUUCUCUACCAAAAAGAUCCCAGAAAAUAAGAUGCGGUUAAGCAUAGUGUCGCUUUAUGCGAGAUAGGAGAAGCUUAGGAAUGGCAGAGCAAUGAAACAAUAGUUUGCAUCUCAGCAGAGCAAAUGAAGAAGGUUCAGUGAUGAUAGAUGGAAUCAUUUCUUUUAUUGUUGGAUCUGAACUCUAAAAGGUAUUCAAUCAUUGUCAAGUAAUACCACUUUUAAUUGAAUUGAAAAAUAUUCAGAAGACAGAAAUGGUUACUUCUCACUCAGAUAUGCCUUGUUUAUUUAUCCAGAGCACCAGAAAUAGUUCUAAGGGUAACACUGAACAAGGGCAGUUCUUGUCUUUUCCUACAAAAUGAUUAGCCUCCCUCACACCUUUCAAGAGUUGAGCAUUAGUCAACAUCAGUGACCAUGGUGGUGGACCUGUAAACCUCACUUAAAAUUUUAGCAAUGUCUUGGCUGUAUAAAUCAUCUAGUGCUGAAGAUAUUAUUUUAUUAUUUUUCUUGAUCUAACCCUCGUAUUCAGAAUUGUUUUCAAAAGUGAUUUUUAAGAAAAGUGAGAAAAAAAAAGGUAAUUUCAAGAAGUUGUUGACCCUGUAAAAAGAAAAACACUGCAUUCGUCUCUUCUAUUAAAGAAGCUCUAUCCAUUUCUUCUCAACAAAUUCAUAAAAUGAAGCUCAGAAAGAUCUCUCUUCUAACCCUAUUCCACCUUACUUCCUUCCUCAUCUUUAUCUUUGCAGACUCGGCUCCUCAGCCUCCAUUUUCUUGUGACUAUUCUAACCCAUCAACAAAAUCAUAUCUUUUUUGCCAAACCUCACUACCCAUAAGCCAAAGAGCGAAGGACCUUGUAUCUAGACUAACAUUGGAUGAGAAAAUCUCCCAACUUGUUGACACAGCACCUUCAAUUCCCCGGCUUGGUGUCCCUGCCUAUAGGUGGUGGUCUGAAGCAUUACAUGGAGUAGCUUUCUUGCCUGAUGUCAGCGAAAGACAAGGCAUCCAUUUCAAUGGAACCAUUAGGUCUGCCACCAGCUUCCCUCAGGUCAUUAUUACUGCUGCUUCAUUUGAUACCAAACUUUGGUAUCGCAUUGGUCAAGUGACUGGAAAAGAAGCACGAGCUAUAUAUAAUGCUGGACAAGCCAUAGGCAUGACAUUUUGGGCACCAAACAUUAAUAUAUUUAGAGAUCCAAGAUGGGGAAGAGGGCAAGAAACACCUGGAGAAGAUCCAAUGGUUACAGGGAAAUAUGCAGUGUCUUUUGUUAGAGGAGUUCAAGGUGAUUCUUUUGAAGGAGGAGUUCUUGAGAGCAUUCAAGCUUCGGCUUGCUGUAAGCAUUUUACUGCUUAUGAUUGAAAAUGGAAUGGCACUAACAGGUUCAUCUUUAAUGCUCAAGUCACGAAACAGGACUUGGCUGAUACAUAUCAGCCUCCAUUUCAAAGUUGCAUUCAAGAAGAAGCAAGUGGGAUAAUGUGUGCUUACAAUCAAGUUAAUGGAGUCCCAAAUUGUGCAGAUUACAAUCUUUUAACUAAAACAGCCAGAGGACAGUGGGAUUUCCACGGGUAUAUCACGUCUGAUUGCGAUGCAGUAUCUAUCAUCCAUGAUGAUCAGGGGUACGCUAAAGAACCAGAAGAUGCAGUUGCAGAUGUGCUUAAAGCAGGGAUGGAUGUGAACUGCGGUAAUUAUUUGAAGAACUACACCAAAUCAGCUGUCAGAAAGAAGAAAGUGUCUGAAUCUGAAAUAGACAGAGCCCUUCACAACCUCUUCUCUAUUAGAAUGAGGCUAGGAUUAUUCAAUGGCAAUCCAACAAAACUGCCUUAUGGCGACAUUAGUGCAGAUCAAGUUUGUUCUCAGGAGCAUCAAGCUGUAGCCCUUGAAGCAGCUCGAGAUGGCAUUGUUCUGCUAAAGAACUCUAAUCAGCUUCUCCCUCUUUCAAUCAAAACCACUUCCCUUGCAAUUAUUGGCCCCAAUGCUGACAAUUCAACCAUACUUGUUGGAAACUAUGCAGCCCCAUGCAAAACUGUUACACCAUUUCAAGGAUUGCAGAAUUACAUUAAGACCACCAAGUAUCACCCAGGUUGCAGUACAGUGGCUUGUUCUUCAGCUGCAAUUGACCAAGCAAUAAAGAUAGCGAAAGAGGCAGACCAAGUGGUGUUAGUCAUGGGACUAGAUCAAACCCAAGAAAGGGAAGAACAUGAUCGUGUGGACUUGGUGCUCCCAGAGCAGCAAGAGCUAAUAAUUAGUGUUGCACGAGCUGCAAAGAAACCUGUUGUUCUGGUGCUUCUAUGUGGAGGACCAGUAGACAUCUUUGCCAAAUAUGAUCGCAAUAUUGGAGGCAUUUUGUGGGCUGGUUAUCCAGGCGAAGCUGGAGGAAUUGCACUUGCAGAAAUCAUCUUUGGUAAUCACAACCCAGGAGGCAGAUUACCAGUGACGUGGUAUCCACAAGAUUUCACAAAGGUACCGAUGACAGACAUGAGGAUGCGGCCUCAACCAUCUUCAGGUUAUCCUGGCCGCACUUACAGGUUCUAUAAAGAAAAGGUUUUUGAAUUUGGCUAUGGUCUAAGUUACUCAAACUAUUCUUAUGAGCUUGUCUCUGUUACACAAAACAAGAUCUCUUUGAGGUCAUCAAUUGAUCAAAAGGCUGAGAACUCAAGUCCCAUCGGUUACAAGACAAUUUCAGAGAUAGAGGCAGAACUCUGUGAAAGGAGCAAGUUUUCAGUUACUGUAAGAGUUAAGAAUCAGGGCGAGAUGACAGGCAAGCAUCCAGUAUUACUUCAUGAGGCAAGAUAAGCCUGGAAGUGGAGGGCCAAUUAAAAGUUGAUUGCAUUCCAAAGUGUAAAACUUAAUGCAGGAGAGAAUGCUGAAAUUGAAUAUAAGGUAAACCCUUGUGAGCACCUUAGCAGAGCCAAUGAAGAUGGUUUGAUGGUGAUGGAAGAAGGGUCUCAAUACUUGCUUGUUGGAGAUAAAGAGUAUCCGAUUAACAUAACUAUUUGAUAUGAAAAAUUUAAAUACAAUGGAUGUAUCAGGUUAUGAAUUAGGAUCCUGUUCUAUCAUAAAUUUGGUUUCCAUCAAUAGAUUGCCAAUUUCAGAUGUUUAAGCAAAACAAUGUCAAAUUCAAGCUGACCUUUUUUCCUUGAAGCAAAAUAACGACCUGCCAUACUUCUAAAAAUAAUUUAUGUUUUGAGCAUACCUC